UGUAAACAUUUUAUUUUGUUUUAUACAAUGUUUUAGAUGUUUACCAUAUUUUAACUUAAAAUUAUGGUUGAAGAAGACAUAGAUGUGGUGUUGCAGAAGCUGGGAUUUGGUCGCAUGCAGUUCAUCAUCUUCUUUGGCUGCGCCAUACAGCAGUGGUAUGUGAGCAAUGAACAGUUUGGAUCGGGUAUUGCGGGUGUAGCCGCCGGCUGUGAUUUGAAUAUAGAUGAUGAGCGCUCCUCCUGGAUGAUAGCCUCGAUAUUUACCUCACAGAUAUUGUCGAGCAACGUGUGGGGCUUUCUGUCCGAUGAAAUUGGGCGACGCAAACAGAUGCUGAUCGCUGCAGCUAUGACAAUGAUACUCUCUUCUAUAUCCGCGCUAAUGCCAAACUUUUGGUUAUUUUUGGCGAAUCGCUUUCUAGUCGGUUGCUUUGUAACAGGUCUGGCCCAGGCGGUGCUUACGUAUGUAAGUGAGUUUACGCAAAUAUCGCUGCGACCGCGCAUUAUUAUCUUUGUAUGCUAUUUCAUUGGCCUAAGCAUGAUCUAUGUGCCAGCCAUAGCUAUGCUGCUGCUGCCGCAACCCGCUGUACGCAUAUCUCGUUAUAUCUCCAUGAGCAGCUGGCGUUUGCUUCUAUGGAUGAAUCUGUUUCCUGGGCUUAUAGCUUUUGUUCUGAUAUACUCCAUGCCGGAAAGUCCCAAGUACUAUUUAUCAGUGGAUAAGCAUGAUGAGGCGUACGCUGUGCUGAAUUGGUGCUGUCGUCUGAACAAAGGCAAGGAUGUAACGCUGCAAAGCUUGGGCAUUGAUCGCAUAGCACUGCCGCGUCUGAGACGCAGCACGAUGCCAAUCCGUAUUACCAGUCGCUAUUGCAGCAAACUGGAGCGCUUGUGGUUGUCUGCCAAGCCGCUGGUGCAAGGCCACAAUCGCAGGUAUAUGGGGCUUUGUGUUACGCUUUGCUUUACUUUAUACUCCACCGGCUUUGGCUUAACAGUUUGGGCGCCGCGCAUUGUGCGCAUUACACAAAGAGUGGAGGAGAAUAAGGCCAUACUCUGUGACUUGAUGCAUAUCUAUUCUAAACUAAAUAUUACAGAAGUUGAAUUGUGCCGUUUGGAUUUUUUUAUCUUGCGUUCUUAUAUGAUCUAUGGCUGUAUCUGUCUGGGCACCUUUAUGCUGAUCAGCUUGCUUUUGAUGCGGUUCCAUCGCAAGACCAUACUGAUCCUCUUCUCUUCCGUGUCAGUGAUAGCGGGAUUGCUUUUAAACGUAGCUAGAGGUUAUUAUGUUCUUCUCAUCUGCUAUGUGCUGCUCUGUGUGCCGCCGCUCUGCACAUUGCAUAUGGUGCUAUCGGUCAUCAUUGAUGUCAUACCCACGCGCUUGCGAAGCAAAGCUGUUGCCUUCUCUAUGAUGAUUGGUCGCGUUGGCACUUUGAUGGCCACUUUAUAUGUGGGCUAUACCUUUACUAAUAAUUGCUUUAUCACCUUCAAUGCCUAUGUGAUUAUCAUGAUAGUUUCUUUGAUUCUUAUUUUGUUGCUACCCAAAGACACGGAUGACAUUGGAACCGAUUAGCGUUUCAAAUAUUGUAUACUUAAAUGUAAUAUUUAAUUUUUAAUUGCUACUGUGACCCCAUGUAUUAAAGCAACAACAACAAUCUGUGAACAUUCGAAAUGUCUACGCAUCGCUGGUCAGGCAGGCAUUGUGUCUGGGAAUAAAGCUGGGCCAGCGUCCGUUCAUAAUCA